AUGUUAAAGAAAAACUACACAACAGUGACUGAAUUUAUUCUCCUGGGACUGACAGAUCGAGCAGAGUUACAGACUGUCCUCUUUGUGGUUUUCCUAGUCAUCUACCUUAUCACAGUGAUCGGCAAUGUGAGCAUGAUUUUGUUAAUCAGAAGUGACCCCAAACUUCAUACUCCAAUGUACUUCUUCCUCAGUCACCUCUCCUUCGUGGAUCUCUGUUAUGCCACCAGUGUCACUCCUCAGAUGCUGGUUAAUUUUUUAUCCAAAAGAAAAACCAUUUCCUUCAUUGGUUGCUUUAUCCAAUUCCACUUUUUCAUUGCCCUGGGGAUCACAGAUUAUUAUAUGCUCACAGUGAUGGCUUAUGACCGCUACAUGGCCAUUUGCAAACCCUUGCUGUAUGGUAGCAAAAUGUCCAGAUGUGUUUGCCUCUCUCUCAUUACUGUUCCUUAUGCUUAUGGCUUUGCAAAUGGUCUGGCACAGACCAUCCUGAUGCUUCUUCUCUCCUUCUGUGGACCCAAUGAAAUCAACCACUUUUACUGUGCAGACCCUCCUCUCUUAGUCCUUGCCUGCUCAGAUACUCAUGUCAAAGAAACUGCCAUGUUUGUGGUGGCUGGUUCCAACCUCACCUGUUCUCUCACCAUCAUCCUCAUCUCCUACAUGUUCAUUUUCACAACCAUUCUGCAUAUGCGCUCUGCUGAGGGGAGACGCAAGGCCUUCUCCACCUGUGGUUCCCAUCUGACAGCUGUCACCAUCUUUUAUGGGACACUGUUCUGCAUGUAUCUGAGACCCCCUUCUGAGGCAUCUGUGGAACAGGGGAAAAUUGUAGCUGUUUUUUAUAUCUUUGUGUGUCCUAUGUUAAACCCUUUUAUCUAUAGCUUGCGGAACAAAGAUGUGAAAACAGCAAUCAGGAGAGUGAUCCAAAAGAAAUUCUUUGCUAAAUAA